AAGACAUCGGAGUGGUUCCUGUGCAGCCCUGCUGCUAAACGUAACCGUUUCAACGCCGGGUGCUAUGAUAGGGGCGUACGCGGGCUGCCUACGGAUGAGUUUCCGUCUGCCCACGGAAAACAGCGCGCCGAGUAAUUCAACCGUAAAAGAAAACUCCUUCCCCGCUCCAUCCCGCGGGCGAUGCGCGGCACCGGCCGCGCAAACCUCCGCCGCCCGGGCCGGCGACACCCGGGCGGCUGUUCCGCAGCCGGGGAGGAGGCUCCGCUCGGAUGGGCUUCGCCUUCCGUCCCCUUCCGCCGCCCCCCGCGUCCCUCUGCCACCGGCGGCUGGGGGAUGCGGCCGGCGGGGCCGGCGCUUCGCCGCCAAAAACCCGCAUCGCCUCGGAGGAGGAGCAGGCGGCGGCGAGGCGCCGCUGGCCGCCACCCAAGCGCCGCGGGUCCACGGGGCGCGGGCAGCGUGGAAAGAGGCUCCAGGUUAAUCUUCACCCGUCGCACCACCGAAUCUGUCCAGCCUUUGGCCGGAGGACAGUGUGAUUCCUGCUCUUUGCCCUCCCCUCUGAAGUGAUUGAAGCCAGGGAGCACAGGCUGAAGUUAAAAAGAAGC